AAAGAAAAUAUUUUCAGCAUGUAUAUUUCCCCUUCCUUUAGCCAGUAGUUAGGUAGAGCAGGAGACUGUCAGUCCAUGACCCCAGUGUAAAAAUAUAUAAAGAGAACCCUCCCUGAAUUGCAACAACAAAUAGAUUGAUUGAAAAGCCAAUGUCCAUCUGUCUCCUCCUCCUCUUCUUUUUCCUAUUUAUUUAAUUUUCUAGAUAUUUUCAUUGUGAUAAAGAGUAGGUUUCCAGAAUGGGGAAAUAGAUGAAUUCUCUAGUAAAAUGCUAAUACUAAUACUAACACUAAUACAAAUAAAAGAAAUAAUAAUAAUAAUAAUAAUAAUAAUAAUAAUAAUAAUAAUAAUAAUUAUUAUUAUUAUUACUGGAAAUGGCAUUCUAUCUAGAUGUUCUAGUAGUGUGCAAUCAGAGCAGCUUCAAAAAUAGUUAUUCAGUGCGGUUUUUAAGAGGACAUGGGAAAUAAUAAAUAGUAAAAGUAUUUAAUUGUCAUUUAUAAAUGGCAUGGCAUGCUUUUGUCAGUGAUUUGGAAAGUGAUUCCUAACAUAUUCUGAGAACCUGUAUAGUCUCUGACUCAAAGUUACAGCCAACUUUGUAUUCUUAAAGACAGCUUCCACUAUCAAUUUUUUUUUUUAAUUGGCAAAAAAUAAAUAAAUGAAAAAAGGGAGGAUAUACACAAGGCAACUUUGAGGCAAAGCAGAAUUGGGGGAUAUAGGACUCAAGCAAUCUGUUAUCCAACAACUGAAUUUUCAAGAUUGUAGUUGCUUGGUGUUAGCAGAAUAGCCUAAUGAUAGGGUGUGCAGUAAUAAUUGGCUUUUAACAUAGGAUUUCAUUUUGGUUAUUGUGCUACAAAUACAAAUACUAAAUUUAGUGCUAGGCCAACGUUUUUUCUCCACUUUUAUAACUGUUCUCGGUUUUAUGAAAGGAAAUAGCUUUUGAUUCUCUCCUACCAAAAAAAGAAGAAGAAGUUAGGAGUUAAAUUCUCAGGUGGAGUAUGGCAUUCAUAUAUUUUACCUUACAGAGUGGCCAAAGAUUUGUGUGAAUGUCUUUCAUUAUCCAUCCUACUCUUCAGCAAUGUGUAGCCUUCCUACAUUUCAAUUAAAACUUAAAGGCAAAACAUAAAAUGGAGCUCCUCCCAUGGGGCUUUUUAGGCAGGAAACAGAGGAGCCAAGAAAGUUGUCACUUCUCAGUAGUAAAGUAAACUCAGAAACACUACCAAACUAAUUUUAAGUCACACUAAGCCAGAAAUAGAAAGUGGACGAUGGAUUUAUGGCAAAAAUUAGCUAAAAAACAGAAUAGUAUGUGGCUGUAAAAAGUACUCCUUAAAAUGUGCUAGGAUUCAUGGUAAGAUUCGUGUGGGGUUUAUUUCAAAGAACACCUUAAUGGAAGGGUUUUAUGGUUAACUAAUAUCUCUUCAUUUGAUCCACCUCAUUGUUUGCCAAUAGCUGAUUAUUAGCAAGAGCCUCCAGUGAUGAAUUUAAGGGAGCAAAGCAAAGGGCAAAGAUGUUAUGUAAUAAUGUAUGUUCCUCAUGUACAUAAGUUGGAUAUAUGAAUUGGCUUAACUCUUACUUAUUGCUUUUCAGGACAUUUAUGCAUUUAUUCAGCAAUUUGUAGUUAAAUUUUUCCCAUUGCUCCAUGUUCUUGCCAACCUCAGAACAAGGAAAAUCUUCUCUCAAUUAAUAGAUUCUCUUUAAUGUAUCAUAGCUGUUCUUGUAUUCUUAAAAAAUAUGGGUAGUUGCCUAUUCAGGUCUUCUCAUACUAGUUUAUUUGUUCUUAUUUUUCCAUUCUUGGAGCUCAUAGUUAUUAAACUUGUUUCUUGGACUUUUGAUCCAGUUAUACUGUAGAUAUGCUAGUGAGCUUGAUGUAAAUCAUCAACACUCGAAACACUAUAUUGUUGAUUAAUGCACUUGAACGGCACACUAUACCUUUGAGAAAUAUGUGCAGUUUACUUUUUUAUCCUGCUGUUCUUAUUUUUAUAAAUAUCUCAAGGCGGCAAACUUACCUUGUACUUCUUCCUCCUCCUAUUUUCCCCACAACAACCCUGUGAGGUGGGUUGGGCUGAAAGAGAGGGAGUGGCCCAAAAUCAUUCAGCUGGUUUUCAUACCUGAGGUGGGACUAGAACUCUCACCAGCCUGGUUUCUAGUCCGAUAAUUGAAACCACUAGACCAAACUGGCUAGGGAAAGGAAGAAUCAGCAUGGCGGACAGCAUAAUCUCUUGGAGAUCUGUGGCUUUUCAUGGUCUUUCAGUGAAAAUCAAGAAAGAACCCCACAGUCCAUGUUCUGAACUCAGCUCAGCUUGUAGUCAAGAACCACCAUUCAAAUUCAGUUAUGGAGAAAAGUGCCUGUACAAUGUCAGUGCCUAUGAUCAGAAGCCACAAGUGGGAAUGAGGACUUCUAACCCACCAACUCCAUCAAGCACUCCAGUUUCACCACUGCAUCAUGCAUCUUCAAACUCGGUUCAGAGUUCUAAACCUGACCGGAUUUUUGCAACUCACUUGCCUCCAUCCCAUCCCAUCCCAGAUAAUAACUUUCCGAUGGAUCACAGAUUUCGUCGUCAGCUCUCAGAACCUUGUAAUUCCUUUCCUCCUUUGCCUGCCAUGCCGCGGGAAGGACGUCCGAUGUACCAACGCCAGAUGUCUGAGCCAAACAUCCCUUUCCCACCUCAAGGGUUUAAACAGGAAUACCAUGAUCCAGUGUAUGAACACAAUGCCAUGGUUGGCAAUUCAGUCAAUCAAAGUUUCCCUCCUCCUCUGAUGAUUAAACAAGAACCUAGAGAUUUUGCAUAUGACUCAGAAGUGCCUAGUUGCCAUUCCAUUUACAUGAGGCAAGAAGGCUUCCUCACUCACCCAAACAGAACAGAAGGUUGUAUGUAUGAAAAAGGUCCAAGACAAUUUUAUGAUGACACUUGUGUUGUUCCAGAGAAAUUUGAGGGUAUGUUAUGUGACAUUAAGCAGGAGCCAGGAAUGUAUCGCGAGGGCCCCACAUACCAGCGGCGUGGUUCCCUUCAGUUGUGGCAAUUUUUGGUAGCUCUUCUUGAUGAUCCGUCAAAUUCUCAUUUCAUUGCUUGGACUGGCCGAGGUAUGGAGUUCAAGCUGAUUGAACCAGAAGAGGUGGCACGGCGCUGGGGGAUUCAAAAAAACAGACCAGCUAUGAACUAUGAUAAACUUAGCCGUUCACUUCGCUAUUACUAUGAAAAGGGAAUCAUGCAAAAGGUUGCUGGAGAGAGAUACGUGUACAAGUUUGUUUGUGACCCUGAAGCCCUCUUCUCCAUGGCCUUUCCGGAUAACCAGCGUCCCUUGCUGAAAACUGACGUCGAACGUCAUAUCAAUGAAGAGGACACUGUCCCUCUGUCCCACUUUGAUGAGAGUAUGGUCUAUAUGCAAGAAGGAGGCUGCUGUAAUACCCACCCUUAUAAUGAAGGCUAUGUAUAUUAAUUGGAGUGACAGGAGUGAAGCCCCUUUUUCAUCCUAAGCUUCUCCCUCUUUCAUGAGACCAAGACAAAAGCUGAAUUCCCUUCAGUUGAUUUUAUAAGAAUAAGGAUUAAAAACGGUAAAAAGAAUAAAAGAGUACUAUAAAGGGGUUUCUUCUGUUGUAUUACUCCUGUAGUCUGACAUGGACAGUGCACUUUAUUUGAAAAGGGAAGUUUAGAAUCUAAUUGUUUAUUCUUUGAAACAAGGGUGGAAAAUACAGGUUUUAAGUACAACAAAGCUGUAUCAUGUCUGAGUUUGUUUCUGUUUCUUACUUGGUUAAAAAUAAUGUACAUGUUCUCUAAUUACCCAUAGUACAGUUAAUUCUAGACGUGAUCAAUAACCAUUUGUACACUACUUGGAGAAUUAUCUGUCAUGGACACUCUCCCCUCUCUCCCAUUUUCACUAUAGUCUAGCCAUUUUUCUUGUCUUUUUUAUUGCUAGACAGACGUUAUUUACCCCUUACAAAGAUUGAGCUUUGCACAUUCAGAAUGUGUGCUCUACCACUGAGCUAAGGACCAAUAAUAGAUGGUGGAUUUGAAGUGAAUUAGAUUUUUAGUUUUGUUCCUUAAAAGACAGGUUCUACCUUUAAUUUAACUCUUAAAAACAUAUCUAUGUAUCUUAGACACUACCUUGAUUCUGUACACAAGUUAUUAAGGAAAGCAUUCAUUCUGGUCCGAAGAACACAGUUCCUGGUUUGUGAUUAUAAAUUGCAAGGCUUUUGAUAUCAGGUGCCAUCUUGUUAUGCAAAUACAUCAACAUUUAAUCGCUUUCAACUUUUCAACAUCCACCUGAGCAUAGUAAUUGUUUAUACUGAACCAUUCUGCAUAUUCUUUUAACUUUAUGUACAGGACUGUGAUCGCAAAGGGUGAGACAGAAUGUUGUCCUUCCACUUUCUUUGAUUCAUAAAUAGGUUAUUUAAUCAAUAAGAAUUAACUGUACUAGUUCUCAUAUCUCAUUAUGCUAUUUCAAUCCACAGCAGUUUCUCCUUCAGCAAAAUAUCCAAUAUACAAAUAAGUACUUUAGUAAUUUUAGACACGAUAUCCAAUAAUAUGCAUUUAAGCCUUUAUACUGCUGUGUUAUGUUGAUAAGCAUAUAUACAUACUAGCUAAUGCUAUCGCUUCUGCUGCUGUCUUUAUUCCUGUAAUACUCUCUUUGCUGAAUUUACUAUGCUCUUUAUAAGCGAUGCUGUAACUACAGGUAGCAUUCAGGACAAAAUAGAUGACUUGAACCUUUUACUGCUUAAAAAAAAUAGCUUAUGCCAUAGCUGUGCUAUAAACAGCUUUUAUGUGCAUUGCGACAUGGAUAGGACUUUCCAGCUUGCUAAAGAGGAACUCUGCUGAACCUUUUAUAAUGCUCCGUGGAGCAGAGACCUCUACAUGAUAUCAAAAAUAGUUAUUUUCUUUUUCUUUAUUCUUUGGGCUGUAUCAUGUAGUGCUGGCACUGAUGCUUAACAAUUUUGUUAGGGACACUAAUUGUAAGUGUGAUUAGAUAAGUUUGGGAAACCCUUUAAAAGUUGUUUUAAUUUUGGGGAAGGCCACAUUGGAAAGAAGACAAAUAUCUUAUUCUUGAGAUCAAAUUAAAUGAAUAAUAUUUAAGAAGACCUUAUCUUCAGUGUUAACUUUUUGCAUUGGAGCAGGAAAUAGAAAGCAUGUUUGAAGUUUGGAGAGUGGUUUUUCAAACCACUUCUCUUUCAGAACAUCCAUCCCAAUAGUCAUAUACAUACUUUGCCCAGAAAUCAUCAACUCUGAAAUAGAGAAAGGGCGGAUAGGAGUCCAUAAUUAUUAGUUUCAAAAAUAAUGUUUCAUUGUAAAUGACAUGAUAUCAGAGAUGCCGGGAUGUGGUGAUUUACUUUGUACUCAGUGUUAGUCAGGAACCUAUAAAUCUAUAAAUGAUUUAUAAUGCAAUUCAUUUCAAACUUAAUGAGUAUUAACCACUAUAAACCACAGCUGCAACAAAGCACACUGGGUCUGCAUCUCUUUCACCCUAAAACAUUAAGAGAGUUUCAUGUGUGCAUGUUAAAAUUCCAUGGCAUGUUAACCUUACAGAAAUCUCUGCAAAAAGUGCUUCAUGUUAUCCCUGCCAUUGUUCAGUGGCAAAAUUUCUCUAGCUGGUAUAAAAUUUGUUUUUUGUUUUUGAAAAGCUACAAUUGGGAUAGAAUCAGUGACUUUAAUCAUGAUGCCUACAGAUGUCUCUAUUGACCUUCCCUAGACUUCCCUCCUCACCUAACUUAAAAAUGGGAGGCUAGCAUUUUCAGAGUGCCAGCUGUCUUCAAUCAAAAGUUCUGCUUUUUAAAAAAAGUUCUGUUUAUUAAAAAAAAAUAACAGUUGGGGAACAUCCGCUUGCCCAUUAAGAAUAUACCUAGGUAAAUGUGGAGGUAGAAGUCCUGGGAAUAUAUAUACAUUUGUCAUCUGAUAAAUGGGUGAUUUCUGUCUGGCUGCAUCCAUCAUGGCAGCCAUUUUGUGAAUAGUCAUCUCUGCCAAUCUUUUUUUCUGAGUGAGGUACUUAAAAUUCCAAAUGUGUCUCCCAGUCUUAACAACAGAAACAUCUUUGGAGGAAGUCAAGAUCUCUAAAGUGGCAGUGCAACAUCACAAUUGAAGCCUCACCUCUUGUACGUACAUACAAAAGGGCAGGGUAUUGAUGUGAUUGCAUAGCUGCCUUCUUGCCAAUUUUGACCCUCUAACAAGAAUCUAAAAUAAAGUUUCUCCUUGCCUUAACUGCUAAGUUAGGGUAGAUGCGCAGAAACAUGCUUGCUUCUAAACAAGGUUUAUAAAAUAAACUGGCUGUGAGUCCAUGCUAAAAGUCCUUACAGGGAGAAGCAAGUAUCUAGAAACCUGAGCACAUUCUGCUUAAUGAUAAUUGUAUCUUUAUUCUUUCAGCCAGACAUUAAAGCAUAUUGAGUCAAUUCGAGAGGCCAAGGUUUUUAUCUCCCCCCCUCAAUGCCCCUCUUACUGAAAAUAUUAAUUAAUCACCCUUAUUGAUAGCCCCAAAGAUAGCAUUUGAUUUGACCUGGGAUUAUCAGUCUUCUGGUUAAAGUUCACAGGAUAACUGAGUACACCUUCAACCUCCUGCAUCAUGUUUGCAUUUUUAAUGGGCAGGGGUUUACAGAACAUGUCACCUGAUAGAAAAAAAGCAGAACAAACUCCUGGUGUUUGUUCUGAAAAGUAUGGAUUAAUCCAGUUUUACAGAGCCACUUUUUAAUUGACAGAUUCCCCAAUUUAUGUCCCCCUUAAAUAAAAGGUUUUGUGGUUACUUUUGGUUUUGGUUUUAUUGCAAGGAACAGUUCUUUGAAGAGAAAAUAUUAGGUGAAUGGGGUAGUUGAAAAAAAGAAAGCCUGAGUCAAAUGUCUUAAUAUUUAAUAUAUAUCUAUAUCUAUAUACUGUAUAUGGUAGUGAUUCACUGAACUAAAAGAUAAUUCCCAGGGGGAAAAUGGUAUAAGAAUUUGUUAUCUGGAAUUGUUGGAUCCUUUUAAAAUUGUACCUUUAAAAAAAAGAGUAUUUUAAGUUCUGUUUUUAUUCCACAUUUUUCCAGGUAGAUUAAUAAAUCUGGCAGCUGAUUUCUGAAA